UUGUUUCCUCCACCUAGUCAAGUGCAGAAGUGAUGAUGCAGAAGAAGCAGCAGCAGAGCCUAUGAAUCUUGAGCAGCAGAAAAUCUUUGUUGCAGGGCUAAGCAAGAAAAGACCAUAUUCAAUGUCUGAUUAUUCAAACCGGAGGCUAGCAACUGCUAAAGAGAAAGAAAAAGCUCUAAGUUUGGCCAAGCGUCUCAAACCAACAAAUCCAGCUUUCAUAGCAGUGAUGAGGCACACAAAUGUUUACAAAAACUUCUUUCUGCUGCUUCCAAUUAAAUUUGCGGCUGAAAAUCUCCCUCAAUGUGAUAGAAAUGUAGUGUUGCUGGCAGAGAAUGAUGAUAUCUGGAAGUUAAACUAUCUCUGGCAUACCAAUUCAGUCAGGUUUGGAGGAGGAUGGAAGAAAUUUGCAGAGGGCAAUGAGUUAGAAGUGGAUGAUGUGUGUCAUUUUGAGCUCAUUGAUAAUGUGAACUUAGUGUUCAAGGUUAGUAUCUUCCGAGCAGUGCCAAGGGUGAUGGAACAAGAAGCUGAUGUCUCAAUAUCUGGGAGGAAAUAGAGAAGGCAGAAUGGUCAACCCUGCUAGUUUUAGUGUUGAAACUGUUAGGCUAAAGUCAUUAGUUGCUAAUUCCCUACUAAUUUUACAAGACAUUGCUGUAACUCUAAUCAUGCCACUCUUGUGGUGGUUAAGUUGGUUAAACUGUAGACUAAACCAUACUGUGCUAUUGUAGUGUUUUGCUCUCUUUGGUUGUGUUUUUUUUUAUCAUCAUUUCUUCGUUCAAAUCUUAUUUCAUCACUUUGCUAAAUUUUAAUGA